CCUAGUAAAUCGUGGAGACAUCAGGGAAGACCCCGGUGACCUGUGGGCGGACCAUCGGCCGCUUGCGGGCCCAUCUGCUCAUUCGGUACUUGAGGUCCUCCUCAUACACAGGCUGCUUGGGCACCUCGGGCUCCUCCAAAUCCGGAAACUGAGACAGGAUGUGGGUCAGCUGCGCGUCCUUCUGGUGCUCAUCUAGCGUGUCCCAGUGACACCUGCACACAGAGGCGGGCGGCCAUCCAUCCAUCCAUUCAUGAGCCAGACAUCCAGGCAGCACAGGCGUGUUGUACCUGUGUAUGGUGACGACAUUGACCCCAAAGUGCUGCAUGAGCCGCGUCUUGAGAGCGAUCCACCCUGACGCCUUGGGUCGCCCCGGCCCCAAGGGCUGGUAGUAGUCAUACUCCAAAGCCAGCUUCUUGUGCUUCAACAGAUGGCCUGCGAACCAGCAGUGCUGCUCGUCAAACGGCCUGCCCGCGGAGCAGUUGAUGAGGGCCCCGGGGACACGCAGACGGCGGAGUGCUUCGUCCACGUCUUUCUGGAGCUUCUCAGAGCCCUGCACACACACGCGCCGCGCCAUGACGCGGGGGUGUGUGCGUGUGUGUGUGUAUGUGUGUGUGUGUGUGUGUGUGUGGGUGUGUGGGUGUACCUGUGGCUGUGCGUGAAGGACGAUCUUGUCGAGCCACCGGAGAUGCAGCCGCUGCUGGAUCUCUAUCGGCAAGGCCUGACCACAAUAUGUAUGCACACAAGCAUACAAAGACGUCGUCUGUGUGUCUGACUGACCCGUUUGAUGGCGAUCUCGCUCUUGGGCUUCUCCACAUCGCAGCAGUAGAGCGUCUGCACCACACACCCCCACACACGCACGCACAGAGACGCUCCGACACGCGUGUCUCAGUGUGUGUGUGUGUGGCCUGACUUGGUAGAGGAAGAACUGGACCCAUCCGCUCUCGUCGAGGUCGUCGCCAGCCUGCUCCACGGCAUACUUCAGAAAAUACGGCAGGGGCGUCAUCUCAGCCGUUGGGCUGCAGAUGCACACGAAAACGGUCAAUAAACGUCUCUCUCUCUCUCUCUCUCUCUGUCUGUGUGUGUGUGUGUGUGUGUGCGUGUGUGCCUGUCGUAGGUGCCGUUGAUGACGACUGCGAAUGCCAGGGCGGCCCAGUCGAAGGCCGUGCCCUCCCCACCGUCAGGCAGCACGUAGUCACUCGGCUCGCGGCUAUCCGGGCUGGCACCUACACAGCCACACUCACACACAUAUUCCCCUCCCUCUCUCUCCCUGUGUGUGAAUGCUCUCUAUCCUACCCUCUCUGAGCUGCGGCCACACGAACCUCCUGGCUGCCUCGAUGACCAGCCGAUCGACGAGGCCAGAGUAGUCGCGGGACAGAUCAGAAACCGGGCCGAAUGUGUUGGGGCCUUUGGUGUCGCCGAUGCCGAGCAGAGACAGAGAUAGGGCCAUGGUAGAGAGCGCGGGCAGGGUCCACGACUGCACACACACACCAGGUACACACACAGACAAACAGAGAGAGAGAGAGAGAGAGGAUCGAGUCAUAGGAUGGAUGGAUGGAUGCGUGUGUGCGUACGCUCAUGUGCUGUUCGACGAGGUCCAGUAUGGCCGGCAUCAGUUGCCAGCACCGGUACUCAACAGCAGCCAUGGAAUACAGAAGACGGGGCGCAAAUUUGGCCUGAUCGAAGAAGACAACACUCACUGACUGAUGCACACGUGUCUAUCGCCCGUGUGUGUGCGUGUACCCGUAGCUUGUGCCUUCGUUCGAUGAGGUCAAACAGAAGCCACUUGAAGGACGGGAUGGUGUGGAUCAGCUGCUUGUCGCGGGUCGACCUGCACUCACACACAGUCAUAUCACGGCCUGUCCGGUGUGGCCAUGUGGCACAGUAGUCACCCACCAGAAUGAGUUGAAUCCGAAUGUGUUGGCGAGGUGGUGGAAGCAGCGGACGAGGAAGGCGUAUUGGGGGUGGUCCACCGUCUUCAUGUACUCGCGGUAGAUCCUACACACACACACACACAGAGAAAGAGAGAGUGUGUUGACGCGUUGAUGCGUGUGAGUGUGUGUGCAGGGCUGCAAUCACUUGAUGAGUGUCCUGGGGUUGCUGUGCGCCUUGUCCAGCUUCUUGUGGUAGUAAGAUACGAUGUCCUUCGGAGGUAGAUUCUCAAACACCUGACACACACACACACACAUACACUCACUCAGUCCCACGCAUCCGUCUGCUCCGAGCAUUGCAACAGUGCAUUUCUCUGUGCGCACCGCACCUUGACUCUCCUGAGAGCCCUGGGCGCCAGUGCGUCGAGGUACAGCUUGUGCGUCAUGCUCUGACUCGUCACCUGCGCCAACGACACGAUGCCCCGACUCCUGCAGCCCAGCCAGCACAAAGUGAACGGCACACACAUACACACGUGUGUAUAUAAUGCAUAGAUCUGUACGUGCCGAUGUGUAUGUGCAUGUGUGUGUGCGUGUGCGUGGAUGAAUGUGGUGUGGUGUGUGUUGCUGACUGACGCAGCGGGAGGAGCAUCGGAUGGGCGAGAUGCUGAGGGCAGACGGGCAGAUCUGAAGCUGCUCCCCAUCGCAGCACCAACACAGGGGCGCAUCCUCCUACACGGGAAAUAGCAGUGGG